CGCAGUGUACGAUACUAACGACCUCGCCGACCAUCUUUCGCUUGCCGCUGUCUGCCGCAGUAAGCACGUGCUUAGGCAUCGUUAGGUCGUUAUUGCUGUUUAUACUACCGUACACAAUGACGACAGUUAAGCGUGAAAGAAACGAUGACGGAUACGAAGACGAAAGCCUCGCCUCUGCGCCGAAGAAAGCCAAAAGAGAUAAGUCCGUUGAUUUAUCACGCGUUAAAAAUGAAGCGGAUGAUGGUUUGGAUGAAAGCUGUGAACAGCAAGAAGAAAUGACAUACGAAGAAAAGCUUGCUUUCGUCAAUGCCAUCUCUCACCCUAUGGCGUCCAAGAAACUUUGCAAAAAGCUCUACAAACUUCUUAAAAAGUCGUGGAAGCACAAGGGCUACGUCGUGAAUGGAUUGAAAGCAGUGCAGGCUGCAAUUCGAAAGGGCCAGACUGGUCUUGUAAUUUUAGCUGGAGACGUUGCACCGAUUGAUAUAAUCAGCUUUCUACCAGGAGUGUGCGAAGAAAAGGGCAUCGCGUACGUUUAUACGCCGUCCCGUAAAGACAUUGGAACUGCUGUGGGUACAAGAAGAAAUAUCAUCGUCGUAAUGGUAAAGGAGCAUGCAGACUACAAGCCUCUUAUGGACGAAUGCCUUGAGCAAGUGAGGGCACUUGACAUUAUGGUGUGACAAUACAUUCACGAAGCCAUCGCGAUAGUUGUUAUCCAUGUGUGAAGCAUUAUUUUCAUGAAUGAAGCCAUUUGUAACAUAAAUACACAUUUUAUUAAAG